CCCAAAGAGCUCAGCUCAGCUCACUCAUGGAAGCAGCACCAGCACGCACCUCCCCUUUGUACUGAUCUUAGAGCAACAAAAGAAGUUUGCAAGCAAGGCUGAUCACCGGCCGUGCUAGCUAGCUCUCCAAUGGAGGCUCCUCCUUAUGUAGCCACUGCCGCCGAGGACGACGACGACUAUGUCGUCAACCUGUCGCUGACGCUGGGCCCCACGUCGCCGGCGCCCGCCUCUCCUGGCUCCGCUGCUGAUGGUGUUGUCGUUGAUCGUGGAGGAGGCAAUGGCGGCAGAGGCGGUGUGAGGCUCUUCCCAUGCCUCUUCUGCAACAAGUUCUUCCUCAAGUCGCAGGCGCUAGGGGGGCACCAGAACGCACACAAGAAGGAGCGGCGGAGCGUGGGGUGGAACGCCAACCUCUACCUCCCAGCUGCAACAACUACUACCGCUCCCAACCAAACACCUCCAAUGGCGGCGAUCCCGGCGCACUCGUGCCGCCAGUGCCUUGGGCACCCUCAGCGGGCACACAUUGACGACGCAACAGCAUACGGAGCGCCAUGUUGCGCCGCCGCCGCCGACUAUGAAACCGGCGACGGUUCGUCGGCGUGGCGGUACACGGAAGGCGGCCGUUCCUGUGCUCUCGGCGGGGACGAGAAAGAGAGGGAUGUUGAUCUCAAUCUGAAGCUCUAGCUACGUAGUCCUAGUCCUAGUUUGUUGCUCAUGCUGUGAGGUACUGUUUUGUACUUCUGAUUUCUUUUUAUUUCUUUGUACGUGCU